UAAACAGAAUAUUUCUACAUUGUAAAGGAGUCAGGUUAAGAAGCAGCAGAGUUUUCAUUGAUAAGCAGUGAUGUACAACGGUAGUUAUUCACAGGCCAAUUUUGGCUUGGCUGCUAAGAAGAUACACAAGUCUAAAGGCAAGAGCUGCGCUUACUACAUGAGAAUUGUCUUCUUUUUUUCCUCGCUCAUCCAGUCUUUGAUCAUUGCGAGUUUGGUGCUCUUUCUGGUGUACGGACAACCCGAGCACACUGUGGAGGAGAAGAGGCUGCAAGAGUUGGACCAAACUGUUGGCAAACUCACCAUGGAAAAUUACGUUCUCCGUGAGAAGGAAAAGAACCUGACGAAACACUUAAACAUCACUCUUACUGCCAAGAAGGCCAAUGACAAAGAUCUGUUUGAAUUACGCAGACUGGCAAAUAUUUCAUCUGCAACAAUAAGGAGCAUACAAAUAAAAGCGUCUCAGUGUGAGAUGGAGAAAAGAAUACCUCAAGCAUCUCGCUCAUUUACUCCUACAUUCUGUCCGGAUCCAAAUGAAAGGAACAAACAAUUGGGACUUAUGCUACAGCAGUCAGAAGAAAUGCUAAAGCUGGUCAAAGCCAACUUCACUCAGAAGAUGGACUACAUGAAAACCGAGUUAGAAAACUCCAACAAAGACAAGGAUCAGUAUCAUCUAGACGCGAUUGAACUGAGACGAGACAAGGCUUAUCUUCAAGAGGAGCUCGACCUGUAUCAAAAGAAGUGCAAAGAGGAUUUUGUCGCAUCUUUACAAGGAAUCCCCAAUGUCACCAAAGAAUUUCUCAAAAGAAUCGACGACCUGUUUUCAAAACACAUUUCUUUCCAGCUAACCUGUGAUAAGCAAAAAAAUCAGCUCGAAAACAUCCGCGAAAACUGUAGCAGCCUUUCAAGAGAAGUUGAAAACAAGCUCCAGUCGUAUCUGGACGUAGUGGGGAACCAGUUCACCAGAAUUAACAAUGAGAACUCCAAAUACGUGACACAGAACAGACGUUUCCGAGAGGAUGCUGACUGGUGCAAUCAGAAUCGCAGUGCGAUGGUUCGAGAGAAUCGCAGGGUUCUUGAGCAGAUUCAGCUAAAGCAUGAUCAAGACACUAAGCAAAUGCUGCUGGAGAGUAAGAAAUUAAAAGGAGAUAACCGGUUGAAAGAAGAUUUGCUGUCUGUGAAAGAAAAAGAAAUUAAAAUGCUUACGGAUAUUGUUAACACUCUCAAUACCUCACUUGCCAGCUGUAAGCCACCAAUGAGAACUUCAUUUGGGCCUAACCCCUUCGGUAUGCCAAACAUACCAAGUGCUGGUGGAUCCGCUCCAAGUUCAACUGGACUGAGCAGACUCGGUGUAGGGUGGCCAGCAACUGGCUCCACAGGGUCAGGAUUUCCUAGUAAUUUUGGUGCUGGGUCUAGCAUGAGUUGGGGCAGUUUAGGAUCAUUUGGCACAUCUCAGAGUGGGCCAGGAUCAAGUAGAACAGGUAUAAGCCAGACAGGGACAAGUAAUUUGAGUGGAUUUGGAACAGGAUUAACAGGAAUUGGUAGUGGAUCAAUUGCAACCUCAACUGGCAGUAUAGGAUCAGAUGGAACUGGAUCAAAAGCAUUCAACAGCGCUGCAUCAAGUGGAGCUGGGGUGAGCAAACCAGGGGCAACAGGUGUGGGUUUUGGCUCAGUGGGGUCUAACACACCUGGAUUUGGGAUGAGUGUUGGCGGAGGAAGAACAAGUGGGAGUGACAGUGCACUGUUAAACCAAGCACAGAUAAGCAACCAUCUGCGGGAGCUGCAUCGCUAUUCAGUUCCAUCUUAGGAGAGUUUAAAUCAUCUAUAUAAAGACUGAUGUAAGAAUUGUUUGAAAAUCUCAAUGUACUCACCCUGCAAGUCUUUAAUGUUAGUAUUGUAAUGUAAUGUAAGUAUUUACUCAUUUUCAACAUGAACAUUAUUAAUUGUUAUUAUUAAUCAUAUAUUGAUAGAUAGAGUGGAUUUUUGUGCGUUGAAAUCAUCUAUGCUUGUAUAUAUUUUGAAAGAUAUUUAUCGAAAAAAGAACUGAAAUGACAAGUUACCUGUACAAUUGGCAAUUGUCUUUUAGGCAGUAUUUUAGUGUAAAGUAAAAUAUUUUUAUACUGUAUGUCCCUCAUUAUACCUGAAUAUCAAAUAAAAGUGAAAU